AUGCGGGAUGCCGCAGUCCAUAUGCAACAGCUGGAAGACACAGAGGCAGUGUCCGUACAGGGGAUUUUUGAUCCCGACAGUGGCAAUGAUGAUGUAUGGGUGUCACAGCAGCUGAGGGAGUUCAAUGUGAAUGCAGAUGAUCAGGAGGCGGUGAUUGAAUUUUUGAGACAGAAGGUUGAGGGGCAGGGCAUCGAGCACAACCAGCUGAUGGAGAUGUUUUGUUGGCUGCGAGGGAUAUAUCAGGAGGCAGAGAGGGGGAAGAUCGAGUCAGAGGGUACAGGGGUCAAGUGA